AUGCCGAUGCCCGAUAAAGCCAAAGAGUCUUCAUCGAAGGUGGUCGUAACCAUAUGCAUGCCAGGCUACUCCCUAAAGACUUUGUGCAUCCGGGUACUGCGCGAGUUUUUGACUACAGACGGCGUCGACAAUUUGUGUAUGCCCCCAGCGCUUCGCAAGGAGUUGAUGAUUUCGAUGAUUCGCUUUCGGCGUUACCAGAUCUUCAAUACGAAGACGCACGGCUACCAUCAGAUGUUGGUCGGCUGA